AGAUCACGCAGGAGCGAUAUCACGGCGAUAUUCCAAAAAAUUAUACACGCACUGCAUUAUUAGAUAUCGAUCCAAACGAUAAAUAUAUUCAUGAUGAUAUUUGUGACAUUAAUUGGAAUUUUCAUCGGUGUGAUCUUUAUAUAUAUUUAUUUUAAAUAUGUGACAUUCGAUUUCUGGCGUAAGAGAGGUGUCUUUUCCAUCGAAAAACCUGUUGUGCCAACUGGAAAUAUAACAGCAGUCAUUACAGGAAAAGUACAAGUAGGUGUAUAUUUUCAAGAUAUCUACAUGAAGUAUAAACAUAAUCGCGCUUUUGGAAUAUAUACCUUUUAUAAACCAAAUUUAGUGAUCGCCGAUCCCAAUCUUAUUCGGAUCGUGUUGACAAAAGAAUUUGAAAGUUUUCACGAUCGUGGAUUCUACUGCAAUGAAAAGAUUGAUCCUUUGACUGGCCAUUUGUUUCUGCUGUCUGGAAAAAAAUGGCGAACUAUGCGUACCAAGCUGACACCCACAUUUACUUCCGGUAAAAUAAAGCAGAUGUUCACGAUCGUAAAGGAAAUUGGCAACGAACUUGCAAAGUCUCUGGAGAAUAAAGCACAGAUGAGAGAUUCUAUUGAAAUGAAGGAUAUGUUUUCAAGAUUUUCAACUGAUGUUAUUAUGUCAACCGCUUUUGGUCUCAACUCUAAGUGUAUCGAUCAACCAAAUAAUGCAUACCGAAUCCAAGGCAAAAAGACUUUGAAAAUAAAUUCAAUCUGGAUCGCCCUGUUCAUGUUUGCACCGCAAAUUAUGAAAUUCUUUUCUAUUCCCAUUACAUAUCGAAGCAUCACCAACUUUUAUAUGAACAUGUUUCGAGAGAAUGUAGAAUAUCGAAAAACUCAUAACAUCAUUAAACACGAUUUUGUAAAUUUACUGAUACAACUCAUGGAGAAGGGCUAUCUCGACAAUGAUAACAACAAGACCGAUGAAGAAACUAAACUUACUAUGGCAGAAGCUACAGCGCAAAGUUUUGCGUUCUUCAUAGCUGGCUUCGAAACCUCUGCGGCGACGGCAACGUUCGCUCUGUACGAAUUAGCACAAAAUGAAAAUAUACAAGACAAACUUCGGGAGGAAAUCGACGAAGUAUUAAUAAAAUAUGGUGAUCUGACUUUUGAUGCUUUAAAUGAUAUGACGUAUCUUCACAAAGUGAUAAAUGAAAGUAUGCGCAAAUAUCCAUCUGUUCCUAUCUUGAGUCGAAUCUGUACCGAAGAAAUAGUAUUACCAACAACAGACAUACACAUACCAAAAGGAACAUUAAUAACUAUACCAGUUCUUGGCAUACACAGAGAUCCGGCGAUAUAUCCGGAUCCGGAUAAAUUUGAUCCGGAAAGAUUCUGCGAGGACGAAAUAAAGAAAAGGCAUCCGUAUGAGUUUUUACCAUUCGGGGGAGGCCAACGAAAGUGCAUUGGUGCACGAUAUGGCUAUAUGCAAAUAAAAAUCGGAUUGGUGUGCCUUCUAUCAAAAUAUAAAUUUACACUUCAUCCCCGAUCUAAAAAGCCACUUAUUUUCUGCGCAAAAUUUCCUGGUCUUGGAGUAAGAGGCGGUAUACAUUUUAUUAUUGAGCCACGAAAAUAAGUAAAUUAUAUUUUCUUUACGUAAAUUAUAUUUAUUUUGGCCUUAUGAUAUGUGUGUGUGUGUGUUCAUGUUGUGUGUGAUGGUAUAUUCAUAACUUCUUCUUAUGAUUAAUUAAUAUUUCUAUAACGUCUAUAUAAUUCAAAUAUUUAAAUUCUAUAUAAUAAAGCACCACAUACUUAUACGUAGCACAUAAUAAUAUGUAACACUUUUAUAUUUAUAUUAUAUA